AAAUACACACGCUACAUAAUUAUCAUGUUAUUUUGCUAUUUUGCAGAAAUGGCUCACCAUAUUUGCGUGCUUUGGCUGAGCCAGCAACAUAACCUAUGGCACAAAGAAAUGUCCAAGUAAAGUGUUACUAAAACACUAAAUGACCUGUGCAAAUGUAAAAAGUUAUUCAUUGUUGACAUAUUUGUUCUAAACAUUUCAGGAAUGGUAAAUUACAUUAUAUGAAAAAUUAUUUGAUUGAUACGUCCUGCACCUUGGUCUCCCUUAAAAUACCUGAAAAAGGUGCACAUCUCAAGAUUUACCUAAACCAGGUAUGUUGCUGGCUACUCCAGGCCCGCUGCCUGUUCCACCUCCAAAUCCAGGUACAGCUCCAGGUCCACCUCCUGUUCCAACUCCACCUCCUAAUCCGGGUGUGACUCCUGCUCCUCCUCCUGGGAGUCUUCCAGCCCCAACCCCCAAAGUGCCUACUUGACCAAGUGCACCUCCCCCGGCUGCAGCUCCACCUGAUUGAGAAAACAAACACUGCAGAGUUUACUGCAUUGCUGGUUCCUAUGUACCUGAUUUUGGUGAUACAAGAGGGUAACCACGAAAAACUCCAGGCAACUGCUGUCCAUGACCAUCUAAGGUCCUCCCACAGUCGUGCCAGUCUGUGGCAGCAUUGGAACUGAAACAGCAAUGAACAGCUCCACCAGGACCGACUCCUCCGGAUCCAACUCCUGCACCACCAGGCCCAAAUCCCACACCACCAGGCCCUACUCCUGCUCCACCAGGCCCAAAUCCUGCACCACCAGGCCCAUAUCCUGCUCCACCAGGCCCAACCCCUGCACCACCAGGCCCAAAUCCCGCACCACCAGGCCCUACUCCCGCACCACCAGGCCCAAAUCCCGCACCACCAGUCCCUACUCCUGCUCCACCAGGCCCAAAUCCCGCACCACCAGGCCCUACUCCUGCUCCACCAGGCCCAAAUCCUGCACCACCAGGCCCAACUCCUGCUCCACCAGGCCCAAAUCCCGCACCACCAGGCCCUACUCCUGCUCCACCAGGCCCAAAUCCCGCACCACCAGGCCCUACUCCUACUCCACCAGGCCCAAAUCCUGCACCACCAGGCCCUAUUCCUGCUCCACCAGGUCCAAAUCCUACUCCACCAGGCCCAGAUCCUGCUCCACCAGGUCCAAAUCCCACACCACCAGGCCCAUAACCUGUUCCUAGGUUUUAGGAGGUUUGGGACCAGUUCCACCAGUUCCUGGGUAUUGACCAGCACCUGGACCAUAACCGCCUCCAUAGCCACCUGGGUCAGGACAGUGGUUUGUUUAAUGCAAAAAAUAUUCUUCAAGGUAUGACUCCCAGUCCACCACUGCCUGGGCCAAAGGUGCUGGGCCUGAAACCUCCCGGUCCAACUCCUCCUGUUCCAACUCCUCCUGUUCCAACUCCUCCUGGUCCAACUCCUCCUGGUCCAACUC